UGUAGCCAACUGCGGUGGGUGUUUUCGUUUGCAAUUGAUUCAACUGGUGCAGGAGCGCGGAUCGGCUCCAUUCAGUACAGGUGGACGCCGCUUACGAGAUCCUUCCUCCGCGUUGAUGUAUGUUGACGAUGGGAAGUCGUGCCUGAGUCCCAUUGAUUGCUGAGCUAAAGAUUACGGCAAACAGUUCCGAACAUAAAGUUUCCAUUGCAGGAAUGAGGUUUUAUCACACCUGCAAGCUCCCAGGAAGAAUUAUGGGGAUCCGACUACUUCACUUCUCUUCAGUGGUGAUCCUUUUGUUAUUGCUUGUGGCAGGUGCAUUAACUGCUUUGCUGCCCAAUAUUAAGGAAGACAAAAUGCUCAACCUGAGAAGGGAAAGAAAGUCUCAAAGCCAGAUUGCCUCAGAUUCAUUUACUCUUAUUAUGCAAACAUACAACAGGACUGAUUUACUCUUGAAGCUUUUAAAUCAUUAUCAAGCUAUCCCCCAUUUGCACAAAGUUAUCGUUGUGUGGAAUAAUGUUGGGGAGAAAGCCCCUGAGGAGACCUGGAAUUCCUUGGGACCUCACCCUAUCCCUGUUAUCUUCAAAGUGCAAACUGCAAAUCGCAUGAGGAACAGACUUCAGGUUUUCCCUGAACUGGAUACCAAAGCAGUUUUGAUGAUGGAUGAUGACACCCUAGUUAGUGCUUAUGAUCUCAUUUUCGCUUUCUCCAUUUGGCAGCAAUUUCCAGACGAGAUAGUGGGAUUUGUUCCUAGAAAGCACAUUCCCAGCUCCUCGGGAAUAUACAGCUAUGGGAGCUUUGAGCUGCAGAGCCCUGGCGUUGGCACUGGAGACCAGUACUCCAUGGUUCUAAUAGGAGCAGCAUUCUUCAGCAGUGAAUACCUAGAACUCUUUCAAAAGCAGCCUGAAACUGUGCAUGCUCUGAUUGACGAGACCCAGAAUUGUGAUGAUAUUGCCAUGAAUUUCUUAGUGGCCAAACAUACCGGAAAGCCUUCAGGCAUGUUUGUGAAGCCAGUAGACAUCCGGAAUUUGGAAAAAGAAAGUAACAGUGGCUACUCUGGAAUGUGGCAUCGGGCAGAACAUUUGCUCCAGAGGUCUUACUGCCUAAAUAAAUUGGUUAGUAUCUAUGGCAACAUGCCCUUAAAAUACUCUAACAUUAUGAUUUCUCAGUUUGGUUUUCCUAACUAUGCUAAUCACAAGAAUAAAAUGUAAGGAUGCCCUGGGAAUGAAUGCUUUUAACAUGCUUUUCAGCAGGUUAGAAUGGUAAGCUAAGAAGAGAAGUAGGUAUGCAAGGGGUCUAUAGGUUGCACAAUACUUGGAGCUUUUUUCCAAAAAGGCUCUUUGGGGAUAUGAUAUCUGGGGGAAGCGUUCCAUCUCUGUGCUCAGCAUGCAGAAGCUUCUUGAGUUGGCUUUGUCAUUUAUCACUGUUUCAGUUGCCAAACCACACUUGCACGAGGACAGAAUAUCCCCAAAAUGCAGGUAACUUCACUUGGCCAACAUCACUUAGAAGGCCACAACAAAAGAUGUAUCUCCACCAAGUUUUUUUUACUGGCCCACUUGCCCACAUCUAUCUCUGUUAGUCAUCUGUGAAGCAAAAGAGGAGAAGAACCAAGUCUUAGAACUUCCCUGGCUGGCUGCUUGGAGGCAAUUCUGACUAUCACAAAUGACCAGCGAAUGUGUAAGUCCAUACAUGACACUUCAUUCACAUACUAUAAAUCACUCCAGUGUCAGCACCCCCACCCCCUUUAUUUCACUCAUGGAAGUGUAGAAUGAAAUAAUUUCUACUUUCCUAGCUUGUGUUCAUUUGGCAGUAAAAAUUAUUUAAUUCUCCAAUAAUAAUAAUGAGAAUUAUGGUUAAUAUUAAUUAACGGCAAAAUAUUAAUAUUAGUUUACUUGGGUUGAAAAAAGUUGCUCUCCAUUUCUUUGUAUUCCUGCCUAUAUUGUUGAAAUGAUUUUACUACAUUUCUCAGGCCAAGGAAUACAUAGUGCAAUCCUAAACAGAGUUAUACCAUUCUAAUUCCAUUUACUUCAGUGUACUUGUAAGGGUAUGAUUCUGUUUAGGAUUGCACUGCCGCUGAAUUACGUGAGUUGCUUGAUUCUGGAAUAACUGUAAAACAACUCCAGGUUUGUACAACUUGUAGUUUACUUACAGUUCUUUAGUCUGCAGUGUCCUUGCAGCAGAAGUGCGAGAGCAGGACCAGAAUGCAACUGCCAUCCCCAUCCUAAUAUAGAUGAAUCUUAUUAAGCCAGGCCUCUUUGAGAUUGCCAUAUAGAAAUUGUAAGGCAACACAUGGCACAGCUGGUAUAAAUACAGGUGCAACAAGAAUGAAUGGCAUGGUUCAGCUGUAGCAACAGCCCAUGAUUUCUCAUUACAUGAAUAAAGCUGGGGAAUCUUUCAUGCACCCCUCUCCAUCCAUGGCUCAGUAAUUAGACCUGCAUUUACUUCCAAAUUACCCACUGUGUUUUUCCCCCUCUUCCCUUCAAACCAAGAUUACAAACUAUGGCUUAAUCUUGGCUUGAAAUUCAAAUUUUGGAGGGAAGGGGGGGAAACAAGUAAACCAUCAUUUGUGGUUUGGACAGAACUUCAAACUACAGUUUGCUGUGAAACUAGAAAUCUGUCAUUAUAGAGCUGUGUGUGAGACAGGAAGAGGGGAAGAGACUCCUCUGUUUCUUCCUGUAAUAACAAAACAUGCUAAUGCCCUUCAUAGGAUUCUAGUUUCCAUACUCCUUUUUCUUUUUCUGUAUAUUCAAGAGUUGCAAUCCUUUACUCAGUUGCAUGCACUGCAAGAUCUGGGAUCCAGAGUCCAUACUGUGUAUGUUCCAGGCGUGCACAGCCAUGGUUUCUUUGCUUUUCCACACCAGGAGCCCUCUCCCAAAAAUACUCCACUACAUGUAUAUCUCAUUUGUGAUUAAACCCAAUAUGCUUUUCAGAGGGAACCUGCUGAGUGAAGAAAAAAACAUCCAGUUAUGCUGGUGUGGAUCUUAUGACCAAGAUUAAGCAUGCAUAACAGUGUAGGAUUGCAACCCACAUCUACAGUGUAUCAGCUACACUGGUGACAUGUUACAGUUUAGAAUACUGAAAGGCUAGCAGUGUCUAACCUUGGCUUGCAUAAGAUGCAUCCUUAAAGCAGUACUCGACAUAUCAGCCAUGCAAGCUGCAAAAAUAAGAACUUGUAUCAUGGCAAGCGAUGCAGUACGUGUUGUUCAACUGUGCUUCAUUGUUAGGCAUCACAAGUGUGCAUUUGUUCAGCAGCCUGCAGAUAUCUGAAACUGGUGGCUGAUGGACUGCUGCCUUGAGAAAGUAAAUAAAAGUAAUUAAAAUGCUUGGCUGUAGAAUCUGAGCUCACUACCCUGUAUAUUGAUGUGCCAUAUUUUCUACUUCUAUUCUUUCAACUACAUUUUCUUUCAUGUCUGAAUUUUCUGUUUCUAUUCCUAUAUUCUGUUCAAUAUAUAAGCCAGGAAGACACUACUGUGUCAGAAAUAUUUGUUGUACAGUGCAACAACAAUUGCAGAUGUAUUUGUGUAGGUCUGUUGUAUUUGAUAGCAGAAUGUAUAUUUUUGUUCAGAUCCAGUGUGUUCAGUUCUUUUAUAUCAAUAUGCCAUUAUUUGUUCUGUUUCUUCAUCCUUAUACACUACUAAUAAAAAUGUGUAAUGAUGAC